GGCUCGCACAGAUCCAGAUCCACCAUGAGCACCAACGGAGCGAGCAACGGAACCAGCGACAUGCUGCAGAUCCAGUUCGGACUCAUCAACUGCGGGAACAAGUACCUGACGGCCGAGACCUUCGGCUUCAAGAUCAACGCGUCGGCCUCCAGCAUGAAGAAGAAGCAGAUCUGGACCCUGGAGCAGAGCGGGGACGAGUCCAGCGGGAACGUGUUCGUGCUCAAGUCGCACCUGGGUCGGUACAUCGCGGCGGACAAGGACGGGAACGUGACCGGGGACAGCGAGAGCCCGGGCCCGGAGAGCCGCUUCGUCAUCACCGCGCACGACGACGGCCGCUGGUCGCUGCAGUCCGAGGCGCACGGCCGGUUCCUGGGCGGCACCGAGGACCGGAUCACGUGCUUCGCGCAGACCGCGUCCGUGGCGGAGAAGUGGAGCGUGCACAUCGCCAUGCACCCGCAGGUCAACAUCUUCAGCCUGACGCGCAAGAGGUACGCGCACCUGAGCUCCAAGGUGGACGAGAUCGCCAUCGACCGGGACGUGCCGUGGGGGGUGGACUCGGUCAUCACGCUGGUGUUCCGGGAGCAGCGGUACCACCUGCAGACCUCCGACAACCGCUUCCUGGCCAGCGACGGGGGGCUGCUGGGGUCCACGGACCGGAGCACCGGCUGCACGCUGGAGUUCCGGUCCGGCAAGGUGGCCUUCAGGGACGGGGGGGGGCGGUACCUCGCGCCCUCCGGACCCUCCGGGACCAUGAAGUCCGGCAAGAGCGUGCGUGUGGGCAAGGACGAGCUGUUCGUGCUGGAGCAGAGUCACCCACAGGUGGUCCUGACCGCUGCUAACGAGAGGAACGUGUCCACCCGGCAAGGUAUGGACUUGUCAGCCAAUCAGGACGAGGAAGGCGACCAGGAGGUUUUCCAGGUGGAGAUUUGCCGCGAAAACAGGAAGUGUGCGUUCCGGACUGCUGCUGGGAAAUACUGGACCCUCACUGCUAAUGGCGGCCUGCAGUGCACCGCCUCCACCAAGUCGGCUAAUUGCUACUUUGACAUCGAGUGGCGUGGGAAGAGGCUGACUCUCCGGGCCGCCAACGGGAAGUAUGUCGCCGCCAAGAAGAACGGCCAGCUCGCCGCCACCAUCGACUCGGCAGGUGAGAGCGAGGAGUUCCUGAUGAAGCUGAUCAACCGCCCGAUCAUCGUGCUGCGCGGCGAGCACGGCUUCAUCGGCUGCAGGAAGGUGACGGGCACGCUGGACUCCAACCGCUCCACCUACGACUACUUCACCCUGGAGUUCAGAGACGGCGCCUACAGUCUGCAAGACUCCACGGGCAAAUACUGGAUGAUCGGGAACGAGCAGGCGGUGGUGAGCAGCAGCGACACGCCCGUCGACUUCCUCUUCGAGUUCUGCGACUACAACAAGCUGGCCGUGCGCCACGCCGCCGACGGCAAGUACCUCCGCGGCGACCACGCCGGCGUGCUGAAGGCCAACGCCGACAGCCUGGAGACCGCCACGCUCUGGGAGUACUGAGGGAAACCACCGCGGUCGCCCACUGCUGCCAUGCUGAUGGAUGAGAGAAGUGUGGCGACCCAG